AUGCGAUGCGCGAGCAAGGCCGCCGAGAGCGCGUCUGCACGUCUCUGUGCGGACGCCGAAGCAGAAACAACAGCAACUGAUGUCUCAUCGGUUGCUGAAGCGACCCAGCCUGUGUCACUUGGUGAUGCAGGCGCUGGUCAUGAAGACACUCGUGUCUUCACAGAGUACGAGCUCGGUUUCUCGUACUCUCCUGAUACGGAUGACGGAUCCGUAUCGACGGCGAUUGAAUCUAAGCCGCCUGCCAAGCGUGGCAUGGACGAUGCUUUGCGUCGCAGCAUCUUUGGUUCAUCUGAUUCAUCAGAUGAACCAUCGCCGAAGCGAAGGCGCUCGAGGUCGCGAGACUCGGGCGCUAACAGUGGUGUCGGUUUUCCUAUUGACACCACUUCACAGCGAGGUGCCAGUACUUCUGUCGGCACGUCGCAGGAAGAGCGGGACCGCAAUGUAUUGCGUCUCGCUCCAGAAAAGAAGGCAUGGAUGCCUCCAAAAUCCGUCAUGGAUCACUUGUCGGCGACGACGAGUGAUCGUUAUCGAACACGAUUGUUCGAUUCGUCAAGGAUCCAUCACCUUGACCCCAGCGCGAAAAACUAUCGCGCUGAACAUGAAUUCUUCAUCGAUGCUUUCUUUAGACAUCGAUGGUACAGUGGGAAUCACAAGCGUGAUGGUCCCUCACUGCUUCAAGCGUGGAACGCCUACAUCCAUAACCUUGAGGAUGUAGGUCGUGACGCUUGA